AUGGAUGCUCUUAGAGCAGCCGUUAUUGGCGUCGACCACCCCGACGCAGCAAGCCUCGCCGCCACCCUCACAUCCGCCAGCAUGAUGACUGCGGCAACAACGACAUCGAUGCUCUUUGUGAGCGCCUCCUCGCCGUCCGCGACGCCGACGCCGCCGAGCAAGCCCCAUGACGACGAGGGCGAGUGCCAGCUGCUGGGCUCUUUUGCUCUGCUUGUGCAGGCGGCUCUCGGCGCGCUGGCCCUGUUGGCCCUCGUCUACAAGCGCUGGCGGGAACGCCCUCAGCGGCCGCUCAAGAUUUGGUUCUUUGAUGCCUCCAAGCAGGUCUUUGGCUCGGUACUUGUCCACAUUGCCAACAUUUUCAUGUCGAUGCUCACGAGCGGGCGCUUCUCCAUGACGGUUGCCAAUGUCGUCAGCCGAAGCACGACUGCCUCUGUCGCCGCCGCGCCGUAUGUGCCUAACCCGUGCUCAUUUUACCUCCUCAAUCUGGGUAUCGACACCACUCUCGGCAUCCCUAUCCUCAUAGGACUUCUCCACGUCCUGACCGCCAUCGUCGCCCGCACGCCCGUCGGCAAGCCCCGCGAGUCGAUCCAGUCCGGCCACUACGGCAACCCACCGAGUGUAUGGUGGUGGCUCAAGCAGUCCGUCAUUUACUUUUGCGGCCUGUUUCUUAUGAAGAUUUGCGUUCUCGUAAUCUUCGUCACACUGCCCUGGAUCUCCAAGGUCGGCGACUGGGCGCUCAGCUGGACCGAGGGCAACGAAAAGCUGCAGAUUGCUUUUGUCAUGAUGAUCUUUCCUCUCAUCAUGAACGCCCUGCAGUACUACAUUAUCGACUCCUUUAUCAAGAAGCGCGAGACCGAGGGCGACCUGCCCGACGAUGAUGAGCGCGGCCAGUUCCGCCCUCUUCGUCCCGACGCCGACUCACUUGACGACGUCGACAGUGAUGGUGAUGCGGAUGACGAGGCGCCGCUGGUCGACAAGGCGACUGCCAGGAGCAGAACACGAGCCCGGAACAGGAACGGCGCCAACGCUGAAGAAUAUGACCCCGAGCUGGAUGGCGAUGCCAACACCGUUCUGGGCAGCAGCUCAUCCACCACCGCCGGCAAGCCGUCGACGCCAGUCACGACGAAUCUAUUACCAAAAGAAUGA